GUGUAUUAAAUGUUUGAGAAAAGUUAUAUAACUUUAAUUACUUCAUACUAUAUUAUAAUUACGUUAUUUAGUAUAUAGAUUUUCAAUCAAAAUAAAAACUACAACAACAAUAAUAAUAAUAAUAAUAUAAAACAUGGCUUCUGGAGGUGUGGUUGUUGUCGAUUCAGAUACCGAUGCUCUCAGACAACAUAUACGUGCGAUAAUUGCCCAAAAAGUUGAUGAAUAUUCUCAGUUAGAGUUAGACGACGAAACUAAUAAAAACCUAAUCAAACAGGACGUCCAACGAGAGAUGAUAUUAUGGAAACAACAUAGAAAACCAAACACUGGAAAAUUGUUGACUAGACCUAUGAAAAAGUCCAAUAACUAUAUUAUAGAUCAACUAAUUGAUGCCGAAAUUGACAAAAUAAUAAUAGAACCUGACACUGAAUCUAACUGUUCAACAACAAUGACAACAACUACUAAUUAUGAUAAUGAUAAUAUUCAAUUUGUAAAUGAUUGUCAAUUGGCCGAAGUUAUUGCCGAAAGUAGCUAUCAGUUUGCUAAACAAAACAACAACAACACUAACAGUAGUUUAAUUGAUAGUGUUGGUGGUGGUGGUAGUGGUGGUGCCAAACCUAAGCGACUAUUAGCACAGGUAUUACAACAACCAUAUAUUAGUAUUAUUACUACAGCUAUUGCUACUAAAAUGGGACAGUUAUCUCAGCAACAACAACAACCAUCGACAAGUAUUGGUGGCGGCAAUAAUCCUAUUGAAUAUCAUAAUAAUAUUGAAUCAGCAGCAGUAGCUUAUGUAGGUGAUGAUGAUGGUAAUGGUGAUGAUGAUGAUGAUCCAGAUUUUCUAGAGGCAAUUAGAUUAAGCAAAUUGGAUGAAGAGGAACGCCUACAAAACAUCAAUGUUGACCUUAACAGCAAUACCACAUUAAAUGAUAAUAUUGUUGACAAUAGUAAUACAAAUAUUAGCAAUAAACUACCCAAAAUUAAUUUAUCAACUAACCUAGUUGAUGAUAAUGAUAAUAAUAAUAAAUUAGACAAAUUACCCAGACAAAUUAGUGCCGUAGAAAAUAUUAAUAACAAUAGUAUUGAUAUUGAUUAUAAAAAAUUUAUGAAAACACUUCAGGAAAAUAAUAAACUAUUGAAACAAUUGAAUAAAUUAGAGACACGUCAUGCAAAUGAUAAGCGUGUUUGGACUAAAUUGAUGGCUGAACUAACCGAUAGAUAUGAGAAGCUAUUGAAACAAUCAAAACAGGAUAAACUAACUAUCGAUAUGUUAAUGAUUAAAAAUGAUUAUAAUAAUAAUAAUAAUAAUAAUGAUAAUGAUACUACUAAUACUGAUGCUUAAUAAUAACCCCGGCAAUAAUUAUAAAUUAUAAAUUUCAAAAAAAAAAAGUUUAAACUUAUAUAUUAUAUACUAU